AUGCGUGGCAGGGAAUCAAGAGUGCGCGCUGAGGGCUUUGCAGCUCCAUGCAGCGCGGUUGGAUCUCGCUCGGCCACCACACCGCUUGAAGAGGUUGUCGUCGCCUCCAACAGCUUCACGGAGCUUGACAGGUACAAAGGUGCGGUCUUCUUUGGGCACAUGAACCCGGACGCUGACAGCAUCGGCUCAGCCUUUGGCGCCUCCGAGUUCUUCGGUGGCGGUGCCAUCCCUGCUUGUCCCAUGCAAAGGGAGAAGUGCCCAAAUGCGGAGUCCAAGUUCCUCAUGGAUCAUUUCCAUGUCGGUCUGGACGAGGUGCCGGUACUGAGCGAUGUCCCCGACCUGGGAAGCAAACACAUUGUCCUGGUCGACUUCAACGCCCCGGCGAAGGGGCCCAAUCCGAAUUUUCCCAAGGACGCCCUCCCGCCGCUGGUCAAAGACGGUCGUUGGUUGUCUCCUCCGGUGGUCGGCUCCAUCGAUCAGGUUGCACGAUCAUCGGCUUGA